AUCCGUUACUCCAUUGCUUUAGUUUUGUGUAUGAUAAAUUAUAUAUUUUUAAUGUCUAUUUGUUCAGAGAACUGGCGUUGGCACAAUCCUAAAUAAAUGUCUAAAUAUAUUAACCGUUGUUGGAUAAUCUGCACGUAAUUAGUGUAAGAGUGAUAAAUAUUUGGAAUAUACUUUUGAUGUAUACGCUUACUUCAUGAUUUCGUGAUAUAAAAGAAAUUCUUUUGUGAUCAAAAUGUUGUCACGAAGUACACAAUGUAACGAAAUGGACAUAAAAGCGCGUCCUUACUGCCAAUGUUGGGUUAAGAAGGAACCUGUACAAUGGAAGGAGUUAAGCAAAUGUUCAUGUGGCGAGGAAGUUGAUGUGUUUGAAUGGAAAUGGGAUAAACCAGAAUCCAGAAGCCAAGUUGUGAUGAGUGAAGAUGGAAAGCAGGUUACGUUCCAUCCUUACUACAGUUCUGGUACAGCUGCAGUGCGUGGGGAGACUCCGAUGGUGCACAACAAUCAUUACUACUGGGAAGUCAAAAUGCUGUCUGAGACCUACGGCACUGAUAUUAUGGUGGGCGUAGGUUCGGGCAAGGUGCCGGAGUCGCAGUACACAUUCACGUCGCUGCUGGGCCAGGACUCGGAGUCGUACGGGCUGUCGUACCUGGGCCCGGUGCGGCAUGACGCGGCCGAGGUGCAUGGUUCAGCCGGCUUCUGCCGCGGCAGCAUUAUCGGCGUACGUCUCGACAUGUGGGCCGGCACUCUGGAGUUUUUCAUCAAUAGACAGCCACAAGGCGUAUAUAUCUACAACCUGCGUCGUCACGAGGAGCUGUACCCAAUGAUUUGCUCGACUGCGGCACAGUCGACCAUGCGGCUGAUAUACGCGGCGUCCUGGCGCGCCUCGCUGCUGGUGGACGCCGCUAAGGUGCUGGCGUCCAGCGUCGCCGUGCGUCCACAUCUGCGUCUGCCGCCAGGACUCUGGAACACGUUCAAGUCGCAUUUCUGGCUGACGCUGCCCACUGAAGUGGCCGAUGACAAAGAUGGCGAGUCGUCUACGUCAAAGGAAAUAAGGAUAACGCCCACUCUGUCGGAAUUCUUCAGCAGCCAGUACAUGAAUGGUUUUUACGUCGACAACGUGGAGAGGGACUAUCGUAUUGUUGUAUGGCAAUGAAAAUAUUAUCUACAUACAAAUAUAUUUUUUUAGAAAAUUUUAGCCAACUUUUUUAGAAAACCAAUUAGUGUUCACUGUCUUACUUAGUUCCAUAGAUUUCUUAUACCAAACUGUUUCCUCAUAAAAAUUACGCAAAAGGUCUCUUAUUGACCAUUAACAAUUUUGUGUGCGGCCGUUAGUAAUGUCGAGGCUACCCGAUUAGAUCUACAAAAUAAGUUAUUAAAGUUACUACCCGUGUAAGAUAACAUGAUGUCAAUAUUAUAUUCCGCAAUGCUCUGUUGUCUCUGUAGUGAAUAUCUAUGCCAUAAUGUAUUGAUCUCGUUAGAUUUAUUUCAAAACGUUUUAGUAACAAAACAGUCAUUGUGACGUCAUCGUUCUUAGAUCUCAGGUUUUUGUGCACGGGUAGUACAGUAAAUCUUCAUAUUGACAUUGUGCAAAUUUUAUAAUCUGACUCUAGUUAUAGCAAGAUAACAGACGACUUC